CGACCGCAUGUAAGAUCAUCAAAAAGACAUGAACUACAGGCAACAACUCACAACCUCUCGAUAUGCGCCCACCUUCUUCAUGUUACACUGAUAUUACUCACUCGUACUCGCUUGGGCAUUCUUAGUCCCGGUUGCCCACACCGGAUGUGCCAUGGGGAGGCUAGGACCGUUGACGUCGCUGGCACUUGGCCGGUCGCCAUAUGAUGAUGUGGUCCCCGGUAAUGGUCCGGAGGACCCGCGCGGCCCUCAGCAGCAGUAUGACGAACGCGGCCGCCUGAUCAAUCCGGAGUCGAAGCGCAUCAACCGUGACAUCAUUCGCUCUCACAACGAGGUGAUGAUGGUCAUCGGCGUUGCUGAGCCUGAAAACGGCAUUGCUGAAGCACGGGCCGAAGCGGCCCGCAAGCAUCACCAGUACGAGGAUCGCAUCGGGAGAAGGCUGCUUCGAGCGGGCGGUGUGCUGGAAACGGUGGCCGUCUGGGGGGUGAACGGGAUGAGGCAGCGCAUUCUACUCUACAAACCAUAUUCACAAACAACCUUCUACGGCAUGUUCCAGCUGGCAUGGAGUCAGCACUCUCCUGCCUCGGAUCUACUUGCUGGAUUGCCAUCGUUCGUGGCUAGUACGAUUGUGGACCAACUUGCAGCCCAGGGAGUUAGCCGGGAUUCCAUGCUCCGAUACGCAAUUCUGUACAUACGCAUGCACCUGUCUAUAUUCACCUUCUUCCAGCGGUCGAGAAUCUUCCCUGUGAGCCAGCUUCUCCCUAGCUGGCGCUUCUUCGUCCCGGGUACCAGUGUAUCGCCCAUCCCGGUCCCUCCCAUCCCGACCUCCUUUCGCCCGCAAGGCCUUCUCCAGUGGGUAGGCGCAUUUGCCCUGGGGGUGGUGCCAUUCGUGGCCUACUACCAGUAUCAGAGCAUGUACAGCGCCUUCAUUAUGUCAUUUAGGACCGUCAUCUACCAUUUCUUACCCCGGCCAUCCAACGUCAACAAGUUUCGGGUCCUUCGCGAAUCAGCUCCCAUCCCGCUAGGGGUAGACACCCUCCCCACGGAUAUACGAAACGACGAAUCGCCCGGAACGCUAGAUAGCGAAUCCGUUGCAAAUGGCUCCUUCCGGAGACAAAGCACCUUCUCCCACCGCGGCAGCAGCAGCAGCCAGUCUGGCCCGAGGCCCGGACAGCCCGACAACUUCGCCAGCGACGAAGAAGAAGAGGAGGUCAUGGGCUCCACGCUGAUCAGUUUCGACGUGGAAGCCUCCGAUGCAACGCCUGAUCGCAAUUCCGCCGCCACAAACAGUAACGCCGACGCAACCACCACCCCCUCGGCCGCAGGCGUCUGGUCCGCCGAGCUCCGCCCCAACCUCCUGGACAGCAGCGGCGGUCGACCCGCCGGGUCGGGCGGCCAGCAAGAGCCCGUCUACCGUGAAACGGCGCUCACGCGGCUGCCCGCCGUGCUCGCGGCCGAGAUGCUGGCUAUCAUUCCCGCGCGGUUGCUGCUGGCGCCCUUCGCAUCCCUGGUUUGGACCAAGCUGGCGAGGUCAUACAUGGCGAGGCAGGGCUUGUCGCUGGACGGCAUGUGGAGCGGGGCCGGGUUGUGGUGGGGGAUGCACUCGGGAAGGGGACUGGUGAAUCUGCUUGGGCUGGAGCUGCUGUUUGCGGUUAUGCAGGGCGAGGCGUGGGCGCUUGUCAUGUUUGUUGCUGAGAUGUAUCGGUACACCGAGGACGAGUGGAACGAGCGGGAAGGGCUGGGACAGGCAGCGGCAGAGGAGGAGGAGGUCCGGGGUUAGGAAAUAUGCGGGUGAGGUGGGACAAUUGCGGCCAGGCCAGAUUCGGGCGGAAUCGGAGGUGUCGAAUUGGAAGGGAUGGACAAGGCGAAGUGGAGAGGUGCGUGGUCGAUGGGAGACGCCGUCGUUCAAGUAGGUGCUCCAUUUUAUAGGUUGGGUCAGUGUUAGCCGGCCUGUCGCUGAACUCC